CGACUUGGAUGAUUCGAAUUGCCUUUCGCAAUCCUAGCUUUAGAAAUCUCGAGAGAAAUUAAAUCCCUCGCAAUCACGGCGUUGUCUGGCCCUCGCUCUCCCGCUGUCCCCAUUUAUGUCGUCCUCACAUUGCCGCCGUCUCGUCGCUUCCACGCACGCCUAGCCUCCCUCAGCCACCACAGCCCGAUCGAGAGAGGGGAGUGAGAAAAAGGGAAUGGCGAGUUCGCAGUGCUGCGAGAACCCUCCGGCGCUGAACUCCGCCGGUGGGGAUGGCAAGGUCGUCGACAGCUUCGGCGGGCUCAAGGCCUACGUCGCCGGCUCCGACGACUCCAAGGCUGCCGUCAUCCUCAUCUCCGACAUAUUCGGGUUCGAAGCGCCGAAUCUGAGGAAGAUAGCCGACAAGGUUGCUUCGUCCGGAUAUUUCGUUGUGGUGCCAGAUUUCCUGCACGGGGAUCCUUAUGCACCUGAAAAUUCUGAGACGCCGAUACAAGUGUGGAUAAAGUCGCAUACUCCGGAAAAAGGAUUUGAAGAGGCAAAGCCAGUUAUUGCUGCUCUAAAAGAGAAGGGAAUUUCUACUGUUGGGGCUGCAGGUUAUUGCUGGGGUGCAAAGGUAGUCGUGGAAUUGGCAAAAGCUCAUGAGAUCCAGGCUGCUGUACUGCUGCACCCUUCGUUUGUUACUGUUGAUGAUAUCAAAGAGGUCAAGUGCCCGAUUUCUAUUCUUGGAGCUGAGAUUGACAAAAUGUCCCCACCAGAAUUAGUCAAGCAGUUCGAGCAGGUUCUUUCUGCAAACUCUGGGGUUGCUCACUUUGUCAAGAUUUUCCCUGGUGUCGCGCAUGGAUGGAGCGUAAGAUACAGUCACGACGAUGCAGCUGCCAUGAAGAGUGCCGAGGAGGCCCUGGCGGACAUGAUCGACUGGUUCAACAGGAACCUGAAAUGAACUCUGAAAUUGCAGCCUUCCAUGCAAUAAGCACAUCCUAGUUUUCUGGGACAUCUGUUAUUUAGGGCCUGCAUUAUCAGUUGAUGAGGAGUCUCACUUUAUCUUUCUAUAGAGAUACGUUUGCUGUAGUCUGGUUGUGUUGAAAUGCUGAAACCGUAAGAAAACUUUGCACAUGAAAAUAAGAUUCACAUACCGGUAUCCAUCCGGGCCAUUUGAGAA